ACAAACCCUCUCUCGCUCUGUGUUUUCUGCUCAGCUUCUGCUCCUUCUGUUUCCCAUCCUUCCCGAAUCCGAAGAGCGUAGCCUCUGCAGCAGCAAGCAUGUUGGUUUAUCAAGAUCUCGUAACCGGUGAUGAGCUUCUCUCUGACUCAUUCCCUUACAAAGAGUUUUUGGAUGGAGCUUUGUGGGAAGUUGAUGGAAAGUGGGUUAUUCAAGGCGCAGUCGAUGUCGACAUUGGUGCGAACCCUUCUGCUGAAGGAGGUGGUGACGAUGAGGGUGUCGAUGACCAGGCUGUCAAGGUUGUCGAUAUUGUCGACACCUUUAGACUUCAGGAGCAACCCGCUUUUGACAAGAAGCAGUUUGUUACCUACAUGAAGAGGUACAUCAAGGUCUUGACCCCUCUCUUGGAAGGGGAGGCACAGGAGAAGUUUAAGAAAACCAUUGAGCCAGCAACUAAGUUCCUCCUCUCUAAGCUCAGCGACCUCCAAUUUUUCGUCGGGGAGAGCAUGAAGGAUGAUGCCACCUUGGUGUUUGCGUACUACAAGGAUGGUGCUGCUGACCCUACAUUUUUGUACCUCCCCCAUGCAUUGAAGGAGAUCAAGUGCUAGAAAGAGAGAGAUGAGUAGCGGCGGGAUGAAGUUAAACACACUUCAUUCGCUGUAGUUUUAUUUUUGGUUGGUUGUCCCCGUCUUCUUUUCGCCCUUCUGUACUCGUAAACUCUGCUUUUGUUAUCGCAGUAUUUCGUUAUGUGACUCGUGUUUGAUAGCGCUAUUGAGGAUAUUUAUUGUUCGGUGUGACACAUAAUUUAGUUUGGUAUUGAUGCUAUCGUUGCAUUAUGGUUUUGCUUCUUUAGAUCACCAGUCGACAAGGUCGAAACAGCAAUGAUUCGGAUGCUCUCCAAAACUUGUGGUAUAACAAGAGGUGCAGCUGGGAAUUAAUGUUGAAAUAAUACCGCCAAAAUUUUGUAUUACGAAUGAAAACUUGACCGAGGC